AGUAAUCAUAAGGGAUAUUUGCAUAAUGCUUUCAUAUUUUCAUUUCACUUAAUCAGCACGAUAACCUUAUGAAAGUACAGACCAGGAAUUACUACCCAUUUUACAUCGUGAGAAGCAGAGGUUCAGAAUAGGGAAGUGACUUGCCCAAAGUCACUCGACUGGUGAGUGGCAGAGCUGGGACUUCUAACACCAGAUCCCAUCUUCUUUCCACUGCAUUCCCUACUUCUCCAGGUAAGCUAUGUCAGAGGCAGGCUUAGGCAAUUCUGCAAGAAGACAGAAUGAGAGGAAGGAAAGGAAAGUAGUGAGGAAAUAGAAGAGGAUGAUGACGGGGGAAGGAGGUGUUUUAUUAGGAAGUGGAUCUAACCACUCUCAGUUGCCCCGAAUGCCCCUUAAAGGGCAACAGUGCCACAAGUUACCCUGCUCUAAAUUAAUCCUAUGCCCCUAAGUCAUAGGAGACUUAAAUGCCUAAAAGAAAUCUAAAGAUUUUUCUCCUCCAAGGGUCUGACAGCUGAACUUAGCCCCUCCCACAAAGGCUCAUGGCCCCAAGGUCUCGGUCACAUUAAAUGCCUUGGGGGCCGAAGAAACCCUGAGGUGUGGGGGAAUGAAGGGAGAAGGAUCGGGUUGGGGCAGAUGGGAGACUAAGAUUGGGCUAAAGAGAGGGGGAGCCUGCGGCAGAGUUGUGGUUCGGGGAUGUGGGUUUUGUGGCUGAACUCGAAGGUGCGGUAGGAAACUAGGAUCAGAGCUGACAGUCAGGGUGGAGUUCACAGGUCCAGGAGGAGUUAGGGGCUGACACGGCUAGAAAAAGACCAAGGAGGAUGCGAGGCUUGGGUGGUCUCCACAGCCCGAGGAUGAAGGUAAGGCCCCUCUCAAACGUCUGUGAUUGGAUGCUCCCUUAAGUCCCGCCUACCCGGACCCUCUCCCCUCAAGCCCCGCCCACGCCGCCGGGCGCGCGCCUGAGGAGCGGGGAGGGGGACCAAGCUGAAGAAGGGGGGAGGGGGAGAGGAGAGGCUCGUGCACGCGCCCCACUCGCCGCUUGUGCGCGAGCAGCGCGCUCCCGCUGCCCGCGUCGCCAUCUUUUCCCCUCCGUCUGUCUGUCUGCCGUUGGCUUUGUCCGUCUGCAGCGCCGCCCCUCGGCUCCCAGCCACCGGCUCGGCCCGGAGCCGCCCUCCGCCUGCUAGGGCUCAGUCCCAGAGAGCCCCGGCCCGGCUGGCCCGAGCUGCGGCCCUGGGCCCAUUGUCCAGCGGUCCGUCUGUCCGGAGGCGGGGCCCAGGCACCCAGAGCGCCGCGGAGCGCCGAGGCGCCGGAUACAAAUCACUAGGAUUCAGACGAGUUUACUUUGCUCCGUGGGAACUGCACCAGAGCUGGAGGUCUGAAAAAGAACUGUGUUUGAUAUGCAGAUAUGAUAGAAGACUGCCUGAAAGCUGCUUCCUUUGCCACUUCCUGUGGAGGCCUGUCUUUGCCAUUUGCGGUUUCUUUCUUCUCUUGGUAAGGGGAGGCAGGAUCUGAUUACAGGGCUGAGGUCCUUUCUUGCUACGUAGAGGAGGUAGUUGGCAUAACAGGAGUGUGGGUACAAUUUGAGAAGGCAGGAACUGAAAGAAAACUUAGAGGGUGACCAGAGCCAUAUUCUUGUCUUUGGCGAGAUAACUUCUUGAGAAAAACAUCUGGAGGCUCCCAUUGGUGCAGAUUGCAGGGCUUGACUUCCAGUGGGCAUGUGACAUGUCAGCGCCCUGCAAGGAGGUAGUAAUAUAUCCAGUUGUGAAACUGGGAAAGGCCAGAGCUCUUGGACCAGGGAAACAUGUCCCGUCGGAAACAGACAAAUCCAAAUAAAGUUCACUGGGAUCAAGUAUUUGCUGGGCUAGAAGAGCAAGCCCGCCAGGCGAUGAUGAAAACUGAUUUUCCUGGAGACCUUGGCAGUCAGCGACAAGCUAUCCAACAACUAAGAGAUCAGGACUCCAGUAGCAGUGACAGUGAGGGUGAUGAAGAGGAGACCACGCAAGAUGAAGUCUCUUCCCACACAUCAGAGGAAGAUGGAGGGGUGGUCAAAGUGGAAAAAGAGUUAGAAAAUGCAGAACAGCCUGUUGGUGGGAACAAAGUGGUAGAGCAUGAGGUCACGGAGAAUUUGAAUUCUGACCCCUUACUUGGACUCUGCCAGUGUCCCCUGUGCCAGCUAGACUGUGGGAGUCGGGAGCAGCUGAUUGCUCACGUGUACCAGCACACUGCAGCAGUGGUGAGCGCCAAGAGCUACGUGUGUCCUGUCUGUGGCCGGGCCCUUAGCUCUCCGGGGUCAUUGGGUCGCCACCUCCUAAUCCACUCUGAGGACCAGCGGUCUAACUGUGCUGUAUGUGGAACCCGUUUCACCAGCCAUGCCACAUUUAACAGUGAGAAACUUCCUGAAGUACUUAAUAUGGAAUCCCUACCCCCAGCUCACAGUGAGGGCCCCUCCAGUGCUGAGGGGAAGGACAUUGCUUUUAGUCCUCCAGUGUACCCUGCUGGAAUUCUGCUUGUGUGCAACAACUGUGCUGCCUACCGGAAGCUACUGGAAUCCCAGACCCCCAGUGUACGCAAGUGGGCUCUUCGUCGACAGAAUGAGCCUUUGGAAGUAAGGCUGCAGCGGCUGGAACGAGAGCGCACGGCCAAGAAGAGCCGGCGGGACAAUGAGACCCCCGAGGAACGGGAGGUAAGACGCAUGAGGGACCGCGAGGCCAAGCGCCUGCAGCGCAUGCAGGAGACAGAUGAGCAGCGGGCACGCAGGCUGCAGCGGGAUCGGGAGGCCAUGAGGCUGAAGCGGGCCAAUGAAACCCCAGAGAAGCGGCAGGCCCGGCUCAUCCGGGAGCGGGAGGCCAAGCGGCUCAAGAGGAGGCUGGAGAAAAUGGACAUGAUGUUGCGAGCUCAGUUUGGCCAGGACCCUUCUGCCAUGGCAGCCUUAGCAGCCGAAAUGAACUUCUUCCAGCUACCGGUGAGUGGGGUAGAAUUGGACAGCCAGCUCCUGGGCAAGAUGGCCUUUGAAGAGCAGAAUAGCAGCUCUCUACACUGAACCACACCCUCCUGCCUGCUCACCCGCCCACCCAGGCCCACAGGGAUCAGGGCCCUGUCCUUGCUGCCAGAGGCAGGCCCAGGGUUUUUGCAGGUGGACCUGUGUACCCCUUGCAUGUGGGAGCAGGAAUGAUGGAGUCAGGAAGGACCCAGCUCAAGGCAGCUCUGGACAAGGGAGCAGGCACUGGACUCCCCAGCCCACAGAGAACUGGACUCCCCAGCCCACUGCUGUAGGGUAUGCUUUAGGACUGUGGGGCCCCAGUGUGGCCCAUGGAGUUGUCAGAGCAAAUAAAUUAAUUUUAUCUUUA